AUGGGUGAAAGGGGCCCAGAGCAGUGGCUAGAGCAAAUCAAAAAAUGUGUUGCUUUGUCGGAACCAGACAUGAAGCAGUUGUGUGAACUAGUUAAGGAACUUCUUAUGGAGGAGUCUAAUAUUCAACCUGUUCAAUCACCUGUUACUGUGUGCGGUGAUAUUCACGGUCAGUUCCACGAUUUAUUAGAAUUGUUCAGAGUUGCAGGUGGUUUGCCAUCUAAAGAUAAUAAUACCAGCUAUGUCUUUUUAGGUGAUUAUGUCGAUAGAGGUUACUUUUCGCUAGAAACAUUCACUCUUUUGAUGGUGCUUAAAGUGAUGUUUCCCCAUAGAAUUACUUUAGUAAGAGGAAAUCAUGAGUCUAGGCAAAUUACCCAGGUUUACGGGUUCUACGAAGAGUGUUUAACCAAAUAUGGCUCUACUACUGUCUGGAAGUAUUGUUGUCAAGUUUUUGACUUUUUGACCUUAGCUGCUAUCAUAGAUGGGAAGAUUUUGUGUGUGCAUGGGGGUUUGUCGCCAGAGAUAAGAAUGCUAGACCAAAUCAGAGUCUUGAGUAGAGCUCAGGAGGUGCCUCAUGAAGGAGGUUUCUGUGAUUUGGUUUGGUCUGAUCCCGACAAUGUUGAUACUUGGGCUGUUUCUCCGAGAGGUGCCGGAUGGUUGUUUGGUGCUAAAGUAAGCAGAGAGUUCAAUCAUAUAAAUAACUUAGGUUUAAUCGCUAGAGCACAUCAGUUGGUAAUGGAAGGUUUUCGAUAUCAUUUCAAGGAAAAGGAUGUUGUAACUGUGUGGUCGGCACCCAACUAUUGCUAUAGAUGCGGAAAUGUUGCCAGUGUGAUGCAUAUGGAUGAUGACUUGGAACCAAAUUUUAAGAUAUUUAGUGCGGUUCAAGAUGGUGACUUGACUGUUAAAAGUAAUCCUAAUAAGCAACAAAGAAGCGACUACUUUUUGUAA